GGGGGCUCCACGCUGCCAAACCCCAUGGAUGGAGCAGUGGGGAACAUUUGUCCUCGAGGCCACUUUUGUCCUGCAGGGAGUUCUUCUCCAUCUCCAUGUCCCCCAGGUUCUGUACUCUGGAAGACCACACAGGUGAUCUCCAACAGAACUUCUCCCAAGGUGUGGUCAAACCAACAGAAUGUCCAGCAGGAUAUUACUGCUUGUCAGGAACAAAAGCUGCCAAUCAGUACCCGUGCCCCGAGGGCACCUACAGUAACCAAACUGGACUGGGAGAUCCCAGGGAGUGCAAGCCUUGUCCUGGAGGCACAUUUUGUGGCAGUGCAGGACUCUCGUCCCUAAGCGGUCCUUGUUUGCCUGGGUAUUACUGCACUUCAAAGGCACGUAUACCCAAUCCUGUUAACGAUGAGACAGGCAACCUUUGCCCAGCAGGUCAUUACUGCCCACCAGGUAGCAGCAAGCCAGAGCUAUGUCCCACUGGCACGUUUUUACCUCAGUCUGGGAUGGUUUACCGUAAUGCCUGUCUGCCCUGCCCUGGGGGGAAGUUCUGCCAAGGAGAAGGCCUGGCCAGUGUUUCUGGAACAUGUUAUGCUGGGUAUUUCUGUGAUCUUGGAUCCACACAGCCAGAUCAUAAGCGUUGCCCCCCUGGCUUCUACUGUCCUGAAGGCUCUGAAUCCCCAGUCCCAUGCAGCCCUGGAAGCUUCAGCUCUGACAGUGGAAAAUGGCGGUCAACAGACUGUCAGCUCUGCCCAGCUGGAUACUUCUGCAGGGGUGCUGGAGCACAUACUCCUGAGCUGUGUCCUGCUGGGUACUUCUGUCUGCCAGGUACCAACUUCAGUACAGAGCAUCCAUGUCCAAAGGGUACCUUUGGCCCCAGCACUGGUGCCACUAGUGAGUCUGACUGUGAGCCCUGCCCAGCAGGCAUGUAUUGCUCAGCAGCAGGUCUGUCACAGCCUUCUGGAUUUUGCUAUUCAGGUUAUCAUUGUGCCAAGGGAGCCACGAGCCCAGCCCCCUUUAAACACAGGGUGGAAUCUUCCAGCCUUGGUCUGCCUGGUAAUGACAUCUGUCCUGCCGGGCAUUUCUGCCCCAGUGGUACAGGGUAUCCUGUGCCCUGUCCUCCUGGAUCCUUUUCUACCACAGUGGGCCUGGAGGCAAAAGAACAGUGCCAGCCCUGCCCAGCCGGGCGGUAUUGCAGUGGGGCAGGGUUGUCUGAUCUGGCCCAGGCACCGCUGUGUAAUGCAGGGUAUGUUUGCCUGGAAGGAAACUCUGCUCCCUGCCCUUCUGAUGGGAUUCGUGGAUACAGAUGUCCCAGUGGCUUUUACUGUCCUGCGGGCACUGGGCUGGAACUGCCCUGUGAGCCUGGCACGUUCAGCCCUGUGCCUGGGGCAAGCGUCUGCCUGCCUUGCCCAGCUGGCAUGGCCUGCAGCAAUGCUGCCACUGUCGAGCCACUCAGCUGUCCCAGAGGUUACUAUUGUCCAGUUCGGACUGCUGUCCCACUGCCGUGCCCCGAGGGGACGCUGAACACCUUGGAGGGGGCAUUGGCCCCCACUGCCUGCAAGCUGUGCCCUGUGGGGAGGUACUGCAGAGGAGAUGCUAACUGGGAACCUGAUGGUCUGUGUUCAGCUGGGUACUACUGUGAAGGAGGAGCCACUGAUGCCAUUCCACAUGAGACACCUGCGUUCCCGCUCAAUGGGCCCUGCCCACUUGGGCACUAUUGUCCAGAGGGUACUCAUUUCCCAGUUGCCUGCCCAGUUGGGACCCUGAACAAUGCCACAGGUGGUACCUCCCCAGAGAGCUGUGUGCCUUGCUUUCCUGGGUAUUUCUGUGCUAGCAUUGGUUUGAGUUCUCCAACAGGACCUUGUACUGAGGGGUUUUACUGCCCGGCAAACUUCAGCUCUGUCAGCCCCACAGCAUUCCUCUGCCCUAAGGGUCACUUCUGCCAGUCAGGGGCAGCCCACCCAACGCCGUGCCCUGCUGGGGAAUACCAGCCGGCUGGAGGCUCUGCUUCCUGCGUUCCGUGCCAGAGAGGAUUCUACUGCCAGGAGCUGGUGGCAGGAGACCCCAAGCGCUGCCCGCCACAUUCUUACUGUCCUGCAGGCACACGGGUUCCUCUCACGUGUCCUGAAGGCACCUUCACUCCUGCAAAUAUGACUGGUCUCUGGAAUGAGAAGGAAUGCUUGCCUUGCUUACCUGGUCACUACUGCAGGUAUGGACGGCUGGAGGGAAAGUGUGCUGCUGGAUAUUUCUGCCUUGCUGGGAGCUCUCAAUCUACUCCACAGGGCCACAGCUUUUCCUGGCGCUUCCUGGCUGGGUGCCGCUGGGGUCAGGUGUGUGCAGGGCUGUGUCCUGCAGGUUUCUACUGCCCAGAGGGAUCUGAGGUACCUGUACCAUGUCCUGACAAUACUAUUAGAGAUGUUCCAGGGGCUGUGAAGAGAGAGGACUGCCUGCCCUGUCCACCGGGCCACUGGUGCAAAGCAGGGGAUUCAGAGGCCUAUCCCUGUCCAUCAGGACACUAUUGCUUUGGAGGCAAUGGCAGUGACCACAGUAGUCUCCUGGCACCUCAGAAAUGCCCUCCGCAAACUUACCGCAAGCACCCAGGAGCUCAGAGCCUGACAGAUUGCCAGCCAUGUCCUCCGGGCUAUCGCUGCCCCUUAUCAGGUUUGACCAGGUUUGAGGAUUAUCCGUGCCCCCCUGGAUACUGGUGCCCUGGUAAAGGGGAUGCUUUCCUUUGUCCGGCUGGCACUUCCAGGAUCCAGCCUGGUGCAAAAUCAUUGGAAGAGUGUGAUCCCUGCUCACCUGGAUACUAUUGCCCGGAUCCAGCACAGACAGGGCUGCCUAACACCCAAGGACUACCUUGUAAACCUGGCUAUGAAUGCCCAGCAGGUUCAGUAAAUCCAAAGCCUUGCAGUCCUGGCCUAUACUGUGGUGCUCACACAGCCGUGCCUUCUGUGUGCCCUGCUGGGUAUUACUGUCCUGAAGGAUCGUCGACAUACAAUAGCCCUGAGCAGCUGUGUGCGUUUCCCUAUUACUGUCCCCUAGGCAGUGCACAUCCACUGCCUUGCGAAGGAGGGUAUAUGGCCCUCAACUUGCCUGGUCCAAGGGAUUCAUUUGAGAAAUUCUGCAGAAUCUGCGAGGCAGGCACCUAUCGUAGUGACUCUCUCAUCACGGCCCCCUGUCAGCCCUGCCCAGCAGGCUUCAUCUGCCCACAAGGCAGUGAGAGUUACCACAAGAAGCCUUGCCCCAGUGGCUAUUACUGCCCUCCUCUGGCAUCUGCCCCUCUGCCCUGUCCCCCGGGGACCCAUGGGAGCAGCACCUUUGCAAAGCAUGUAGAGGAUUGCCAGGCCUGUCCUGCUGGCACCUUCAAUCACCUUCCUGCUCAGGCUGCCUGUUUCCCCUGUGGCAGCUCUUCUUCUUCCCAGCCUGGUGCUACCAGCUGUACCUGCCGUGGCCUGAACCGGGCUUUCCAGCAGUCGGAUGCUUCCUGUAUCUGCCAGGCAGGUUACGUUUACUAUGAUGAGAGAGGCAAGAAAGACCCUGAUGGCAACAGCGAUCAGGACUGCCGACCUCAGGUGGAUGAGCUCUGUGCUCCUGGAGAGGUCCGUCUAGCAUCUACACGCCAGUGCGUUUUUCCUGAGCGAUAUGACUGCUCUCCGUCUUGUGGGCCUGCAGGUGGAGAGAUUAAUGCAGAGCUGGGCAUAUGUCACUGCAAGCAGUAUGUCUCUGCUGAGGAGCUCUGUGACCAGCUGUGUUUGCUGAGAGCCCCACAGAUCUCCUUGGGAUUUGGCAUCAAUAGAGAGCUGCUUCUGAGGAUGAAUGAUGGAGAAAUGAGGGAAGUGGCAAACGUUCUGGGCCCAGACGAACACGUGCAGAAAAGCCAGCGGGUGCAUUUGGUUCUGUUUAGUCCUGCUGGAGUGCUGGGUUUCAUUGUCUCCAGCACAGAGGCGCUGGAUGCAUUCCUGACAGGAGAUUUUUCAUCAGAUCAGUUGCUAGAGAAAGGUUAUCGAGUCCAGAGGACUUCUUCCAAAGAUAUCCGUGCCUUGCCCCUCAUUCCUAACCCAGUAGUAUGUUUGGAAGCAGGAGACACAAUCCUUUUUCAGCUUAGCAUCAAUUCCCACAAUCGUGCAUCCAGCCAUUACCCUGUUUAUCAGAAGCAGCAUCUCUAUAACAGCAACCCAAGCUGGGAUUUUGGACCCUUCCGAAGGCUAGACCACCUCAUCCAGGAGACUCACCUCAACGUCUCCUGGUUUGCCCAUGUUUUCCUGGAGUCUGGGACGUACGUUUUCAGGGAUAGGACCAUUCAGGAACACUUUCUGAUUGUCACUGUGAAUGAAGCAAAUGUGGGCUGUGACCCCAGAGAUGUGUCCUUCCAGCCCUCUUCUCUGUUCCAGCUGACCAGACAUGGGGUUUUGAAGCAACAGGAUCUGAACUUAGCUCCUAAUUGGGCUGCUAUCACAGCGGUUCUCUUUGUUCUGGGCUUCCUAAUUGUGGUGCUGACAACCCUGGCUAUAGUGCUUCAGCCUGCUGUGCCUAUCAUUAGCCCCCUGAAGAGCUGGAAGCCACGAUGGAGGAGCCUGGGCGAGCCACACAUCCCACCAGAGUACAUCCUCCUUAAAGACAGCCUUCAGUUCUAUCAGAUGGUUGGUCCUCAUGGUUCUGGAGAAGAUGCUGGCUUUGGAGAGAAAGGAGCUGUGCCUAAUGCAGGAGAGCGUUUUGCACUGAGAGUUCUGGAGGAUUUCAGUGUUCGCACGCUGUACGAUAAGCUGGAAGAUCAGAAUUUGCACCUUACAUCUCAGCUGGCAAAGCACAGGAUGGAUGUGUUGGUGUUUUACAACGGCAUCAGCCAGCAGAUUCAAAGUCUAAUGGACAUGGUGCAAGCACUGGACUCUGAAAGCCUGAAAAUCUUCGCCAGGCAAAGGACUGGUGGGCAUCAACCUGCAGACAGCAGCUGGGCAGCAGCGGGCGUUGAACAAUAUGAUGAACGCUGUAGCAACAACUUCCAAGCAGGUGCUCCGUGGCAAGAGGCAGCAGAGUUAAUGAAAGCUUUGGAAAUGCUACUUGGGAAUGCUCUAUACAAGAACAUAGCUGUGAAACGAGAGAUGGAGCAGAAAGUCCAAGGACAGGAUGUGGUGGCAGUUGUACCCUCACUGGGCAGCCUGGCCAGUGAAAGUAAAUCAGAAGUAGUGGAAGGGCAGGAUCGUGAGCUGCCUCAGCAAUGUGAGCUCUUUAGUAGGACAGAUGCUUUUUUCAGCUUCCCUGGACACGAAGAUCAUGGUUUAGAUCUCCAUUUGGCUUAUCUGACUGAGUUGGAGGUGGAGGGCCUGAUAGCAGCUUCCCCCCUUGCCAAGACUCUGUGUGAGAUCAAACAAGCUUUGGUAAAUCUGCAGCAACCUUCAGACCGCGUUAAUCCAGAGCGCAAACAUGAAACAAGCGUGGGGAGCUCAGCCCUCUUCUGAGCUGCUGGAUUCUUGGGCCACAAAGAGGGAUGAAGCUCUGCUGCUGGAAAUAAAGAGGAGCUGCAUUGCUGAGAGGAUUGAAG